AUGUGCUCCAAGCUCAGGUGAGACCAAGCAGACCUAAGGGCGUGAGGAUGCGCUCCUUGUCGGUGCUCCCGCUCAGGUUGUACUGAGAGUGUCUAAUGAGGAGGAUGUUGCGCGUUGCUUUCGGUUUGCCGUUGUCUUGCUCCGAGCUGGGGUCUUCAGUUGCAUUCUCUUUCUUCUUGCCAUUGGUCAGCGCAGACGGGUCUCUCCUGGAACACAGCCGUGAUCACAAAGGAUUACUAGUGGCUGUCUCAUAUGGUUAGCUUAAGCCAUUGGAAACUGGGUUAACAUGAAUAGAAGGCUAUGUGGACUUUAGCAAUGUUUGCUUUGACUUAAGUGGAAUGUUUACACUUUUAUGUAUAAUGAGCUGCUGUAAGAUAAUGACAAUUAUUCAAACAUAUAGACAUGACAGCAAGGUUAAGAUAAUGACAGAUUCCAAAAGGACACAAUGUAAAAGAUCUUACUUAUCCCAGUUAAAGUCCCACGCGUGUCCAGUCUGGACAGGCGUUAUACCCGCUGGUGUCCAUGCCGGCUGGGCAGCGUCCAACACGGACAGACUCAACCAGCGGCUCCCCGCUUGGCUUCGCCUUUCGCCGAAAUAGCCGCGGGAGUCAGCAGCGGCGGCGGCGGCGAGCACCAGGGCGGCGGAACCUCCAGCAAAACCGCAAAUAAGUUUGAGAGUUUUCCUGUAAAACAUCUUCUUAGUCCCUUCGGCUGCUAACGAAUGCUAGCAAAUUAGCUAAAAUGUAGUAGUGUGUCGUCAAACGCCGAAUACGCCCUUCGGGUGAACCAAAGUUAUUUUGUAGCUAAACGACGUUAAUUGUUAAUAUCAGAUAAACACCCACUACAUUUAUAUUAGCGACAAGUGUAUCUUACAAAGUAAAACUAUACUGCGUCGCCGUCCACGAAAUCGAAAGGUAAUCUAUAGCAGGUUGCUACGGCAGCCUGUUUAGGUCAAACCUCACAAAGACAUCCACUAGGGGGCGCGCUUGUCAAGGAAAUAACAUUGUCGUCGCUUUGAUUUGUCUGUGUUGUAUUAUCCGCAUUUAUUAUAAUUAAAUUUAUCAUAAACACGAAUAUAUUUUUCUUGUUAGAAAAAAAACUGAAUAGAAACACCGGAAAAAAAAAAUAAAUAAAAAAUGUUCGUGUAUUAACCAACUGAAUUGAGUUUAACGUGAUUGAUUGGUGCAUGAUUGAUACAAAACGUGCCAAAAUGUCCGCAAAAGCGACUUCCUCUACCGGAAUAAAAAGCUGCUGAACAUUAAAGACGCUUGCAGCGGAGGCUCCACCUUUUAUAGCGGUCCAGUGACCUCACCAAUGGGGCUGGAUUUGAAGGGUGGGAUUUCCAGGCUUUUCACACAGAGCUGUUCCUGCCUCCAAGGAUCUCUGCACAGAUUUGGACUGAUUGUACCUGUAAUAGCACCAGAAAAUCCACAUUGGAUCUUCUUUUUUUUCCAUGCAAUUCCAAGCGGGAUAAACAAUUAAGGAAUGUGGACAUUACAGAAUGCCCACCAGCGCUGGAAAGAGAUUUAAACCCACCAAAUACAUCCCAGUGUCCACAGCCGCCACUCUCCUUGUGGGAUCGACCACUUUAUUUUUCGUUUUCACGUGCCCCUGGUUGACUAAGGUGAUCUCCCCCGUUGUGCCUCUCUACAAUGGCCUCGUCUUCCUCUUUGUCUUGGCCAACUUCAGCAUGGCGACCUUCAUGGACCCUGGUGUUUACCCCAGAGCGGACGAGGAUGAAGAUAAGGACGAUGACUUCCGAGCGCCCCUGUACAAGAACGUGGAGAUCAAGGGCAUUCAGGUCCGGAUGAAAUGGUGCGCCACCUGUCACUUCUACAGACCGCCUCGGUGCUCGCAUUGCAGCGUCUGUGACAACUGUGUGGAGGACUUUGACCAUCACUGUCCUUGGGUGAACAACUGCAUUGGACGAAGAAACUAUCGCUACUUCUUCCUCUUCCUGCUGUCUUUGAGCAUCCACAUGAUGGGAGUUUUCACCUUCGGCCUCAUCUUCGUCCUCCACCACAGGGAGAGACUAGGCGCUCUGCACACGACCGUCACGCUGGUGGUGAUGUGCAUCGCUGGGCUUUUCUUCAUUCCCGUCAUGGGUCUCACAGGUUUCCACAUGGUGCUUGUGGCUCGAGGUCGAACCACCAAUGAACAAGUUACGGGCAAAUUUCGUGGAGGAGUAAAUCCCUUCACGAAAGGUUGUUGUGGCAACGUGGAGUACGUCUUAUGUAGUCCUCUGGCGCCGAGGUACAUGCUGGACCCUCGGAAAAGGCCUCACAUCAAAAUCCAACCCCCGUUCAUCAGACCAGACCUCUCAGACAGGCAAAUCACAAUCAAGGUCAAUGACAAUGGCAUCCAUGGCACCAUCAUUAGCUCCAAGUCCAAAAGCAGCAUAGAUGGUCUGGAUGACAAAGAAACACAGCCACCACUGCCACCAAAAGCCGACAGGUACAACCAGGUGAAAAACCAUCUGACCUCCAGCGAGGAAAGUUCUCUUUCUGGCAAGACCCAUCCCUCUACUCCGGCCAUGUACAAGUUCAGACCGUCCUUUGGUACCAUGCCAAAAGUCCACUAUCACACGGCAGGCGAUAAGAUUGUCAUGCCUGAUGACCAAAAGACCUCAGCUAUCAUGGAAGAGGGUGUUCGGAGUCACGACUACAGAUCCGAACCAAAUUUGGAUCUGCCAGAGUACACUAAUGCUCCCCUUCACCGCACCUUCAAGUCCUCCCCCUUUCAGCUGGACUCAGACCCGGUCAACGCUCGGACUCUGAGCCUGAAGCAAGCCCACCAGCGUUCUGAGAAAGGUCAUCUUGUGGGUCUGCAGCCUCAGGCGGUCACCUCCACCCCUUAUAAGAGCGUUUUCUCUCCUAACACCCUCUCCAACCGCAACGGAAGCCUAUCCUAUGACAGCCUGCUCAACCCCAGCACCACACCGCCCACUGCCAGUGAGUGCUUGGCCCACCGUGGCGUGCCGCCAAUGGGCUUCCACUCACCCUACCUGCCCACCAAAAUGUGCCACAUUCGGGAACCAGAGAUGCAGAGACAGCAGGUUACCGCCACCUAUAGUCCAGCGAUGCCGCCCAGGGGGGUGGGACGGCAGUCCCCUCACCUCCACGACAGAGAGCCCUCCCCAGUGCGCUAUGACAACCUCUCCCAAACCAUCAUGGCCUCCAUCCAGGAGCGGAAAGAGAGGGAGGAGCGGGAGAAGCGUCACAUUCGACAUGGACAUUCCCAGACACAUAUCUACGCCCAGGACUCUGGCGUGUUUGAAUCCUCGGGGGGUUACGGCCUCCCACCCAACCCCUGCUACCCUGACGGGCCUCGCUGUGCCGGCUCAAGAGGCCCGACGCCUCCGGCUUAUGGAGGUUCCAGAGACAACCUCAUGGGGGUGGGGCUUAGCUAUGGCCAGAGAACACCUGUACUGCGCCAGGCAGGAUCCACUCUGGGCCGAGCCCCGAGGACUUCCUCAGGCUCCUUGCACACGGAUCACAACAGCACCAACAACAACCACGGCAGGGUCUCCGGCCCUGAGGGCCCCUACCGCUCCCCUGGCCACCAGCCCCACUCCCCUGCCAUGCCCCGAUCCCCUUCCUACUCCCACCAGAAACUCUCAUACAUGAGUACCCAGGACAGGAUGGACUCACCUCGUCUGGGAGGGUCAAGAGAGGCCGUGAAAGUUAACGGCCACAUGGAUUUCCACCCCAGUGCCAAGGGUACUGCCGUCAGUCCCAGUCGCCACGGUAACGUCAAAAAGGUGACUGGUGUGGGAGGCACCACUUAUGAGAUUUCGGUAUGAAGACGAGUCCAUGUUGGUGUUAUUCCUGCCCAAUCACAGGAUGUGUUGUUCUGUGUGUGUCUGUGUUGGGUGUUAUUUAUCAGCAGUAUGGGUUGCCAGGUUGACCAAAUGUCAUAUAAACAAAUCAAUGUUUCAACUUGAACAAAACGCCACUGAGGGGGGAUAAAAUACUUUUCCAAGCGUGAGGACCCUCGCCUCAAAAAGUCAAGGUGCUUCAAGACACCGGACCCCUUAACGAAGACCUGUACCUUUUUAAAGUGUGUUUGUUUCGAAUGGAUGCAAUGACUCCAUCAGUGUUUUUGAAGACUCAUAUUAUGGGAGGAUUCCGCCUGCCUUCCAGAAGGUGCAAGCUGGACCUGGACCAUCAGAUGACCUCACCACCAAACUUAAUGUUUUCAUCCAUGGAAUCUCUUGUCUGGUUUGGUGUUUGGUAGAAUUAUAUUCAAUGUAGUUAAAAAAACAUGUUUUAAUUAACUUGCCAAUACUACAUCGUAACCUCAGUUAGAGUCCAACUGUGACUAUUCCCAAAGACAAAACAAACUUUAUUUGGCUACAUGUUGGGUUAUGGGGUUGAAAAACACAGUUGAAGUCAAGAAAUAGAAAAAUGUAUUCAAUUAUUGUCCAAUCCAGUUAAAAGUUGGACCUUGUGGAAUGAAUUAACAACGCUAACCAAGGUUCCGAUGGAUUUUUGGUUAACAGCCACACUACAGAAGGGCUCACGGAGAGCACAGACUUCCACCAACGUAACAGGGAGAAAAAAUAUAUAUUUAUCUCAACAUAUAAAAGGUUAUUGAGCACAAAAGGAUGUAACAUUGAAAAAAAUAAGUGUAUUACAUAAUGGCAGAAAGUCGAUACUAGUCCAUUUCGAUGCCAAUCAUCCAUGACUGAGCUCAGCCGAUACCACCGUCAUAAGGCAGGACAUACUGUUUAUGAUCAUUAAACAUCCACUUGUGGCUUCCUCAUGGGACAAAAACGAGCUCCAAACUAAUGACAAAAAAAAUACACCAGAAGCUAAGCCAAUGUCGGCCCCUUGAUUGUAUGUUUAUGGGGUAGCGAGCUAAAUAGCUGCUGCUACUGACAGAUAAGGAAAGCGUGUAAAGAUAAGUGGAAUAGUGAUACGCUCGAUAAGGGAAUGAUAAAACAUCGAUUGGCCUCUCAUAAGUCAAGCUGUCAAACUGAAUGAGGUUUUACACUCAUUUUCAUUCUCACAGCAAAACAGGACAAAGUGUACAUGACAAAGCAGAUAAUCGGCUUUAAAAGGCAGUUAUCGGUAUAUGCCAAUCACUUGGUUUUUUAUGGAAAUAGGCUGAUAUUGAUUGGUGGCCAAUCGAUGGGAGCAUCCCUAGUGGAAAGUAUUAAAAGUUCAGUUUUUGACAUGUUUAGGUCCCGAUCGUGGCCACACACACACACACACACCUGCAGUUAAAUGACUUGUAUAGUAAAGUUUAUUUAUUUUAAACAAAAUUUGACAAUAAAUGCCUGACUUGAAAGAAAUAUUAGGGAUAUUAAGACUCAGCCAUUGUUGCCUUCAGGUAGAGUUGACACAUGGGAUAUUUGUAUGUUCUCUACAUGAAGAUUUAAAUAGACAAUGGAGGAAACAAUCUUAUUUUUUAUUGAUAAUGAACCAUUUCUUUUCUUUGCUGGUCAACGUUGUCAGUGUUUCCCAUACAUUUAUUUAUUUAUUUGUGGCGACCAUAAACACAUCACAAAAUGGCAGGUCUGUCUGAGAAUACUGACUGAAAAGAUUUUAGAAGACUGACAUGCUCAUCUAAUUUGUAGGUUUUUUUUUAAGGUUGUCUUACUUUUUGUAAAUGUAACAGCAAAAAUACUUCAUACCACUGUAGCCACCACAAAUAGAUUGCAGUCGUGUGGGAAACACUGAAAGAAAACGGAUGGUUACACAGAACGGUGUGUUAAUAGCCGCGCUACCGUAAAUGUCAAAGCUAAACCACCAUUGGUCUUGCUUGGUAAGAAUCCUAACACAUACAAAGUGGAUGUUACUCCUCUUAAAGACCCCACAGUUUGACCUUCAGACAUUUGAAUAUUGACUUAAUUGUAUUAAAAUAUAGACUAUACUAUAAAUGUGUUCCUAUUUUUGUGGAAAGGGAAUAUUUCCUGAGCAGAGUAAAUAAAGUUUUCUUUGAGCAAAU